GCGACAUUAAGCCCCGCCUUUCUCCAUGCCCACUACUCAAUACUUCAUGCUAAAGCUGUAUUCUCUGUGCAGGAACUUUCAAUACUCUUCAGAAAGAACGGAAGUGAGUCCAGAAAAACAUCAAAAUGUUCAGAACACAUGUGAUUGUGACAACAGCACAGCGCUGUGUAGUGAAGAAGAUGGUGCCAAGUAUCAGUGCACACAGGAACGUUGUUUGUUUUCACCGUGCUCUGGGUGGACUUAGGAGGAUUAGCAACUAUAGACCCGCGCCCCUGCUGACAGCGUCGCCUGUUCGUGCCCUCAUAGAUGAAAAGAUCAGCAUUGAAGGACGCUUCUUACCCCCGCACUGUCCGGUCACUGUGCGUGCACAAAUGCAUUGUGAAGAUGGUGAUCUGUGGGAGUCUUUUGCCCAUUAUAACACAAAUGCAGAUGGUACAGUCAACUUGACCAGGGAUCAUUCAGUUGGAGGUUCAUAUUUGGGCUGUGAGCCAAUGGGACUGUUCUGGAGCCUGCAGCCAGCUCCUGGAGAAAGAGAGGGAUUAAGGCUGAGGAAAAAGAAUGUCGAGUCUCCCUACAUAGUCCAUGUGUUUUUACUGGAGGGCCAUGUUUCACCCGGUGAGGGUCAGAGCACUGAGCUGGCUGCUUUAUCUACUGAGCGCUCGUACACAGCACCUGGUGUACGGAGAACAGAGAUUCGGCAGAAUGGAGUUGUAGGAACGCUGUUUUUACCACCAGGCCCUGGACCAUUUCCUGCCAUGUUGGACCUGUGGGGAAUGGGUGGAGGACUGGUGGAGUACCGCUCCGCCCUGUUUGCAUCAAGAGGCUAUGCUAGCUUGUCCAUCACCUAUUUGGGGCACAAAGACUUGCCUGGUCCUCCAAAUCAAAUAAAUGUUGAUGAAUCUUACUUUAGGGCUGCAUUCCAGCUACUAAAAGAUCAUCCUCAGGUCUGUGCAGACAGAGUGGGGAUCAUUGGACUUUCCUUUGGAGUCUUUCUUGCUCUUCGAAUUGCAGCUGAUAAAAGUGUCAAACCGUCUUGUGCGAUAUGUAUCAACGGCCCAAUUGGAAACACCCUAAAGAGCACAAACAGAGGCACAGGUGUAAACAUGAACAGAGGCUUAGAAAGUGUCCAAAAACUCUGGACAUAUGAUGAUGAUGGAAAUGUCAGUUUUAAAGUAAUCUCCAUGCCUGAAAACUUGGACCCUGAGAGCAAAGUUAAGGUAGAGGAUAUUGAGUGUCCACUGAUGUACAUAUUGGGUGAAGAUGACCAGAAUGCUUCAGUCAAAGAAAAUGCAGACCUGAUUGAAGAGACCAUGAAAGCAGCGGGUACAUCCCAUCUGUUCACCCGUCUCUCAUACCCCGGUGCUGGUCACCUGAUUGAACCUCCUUAUGCACCAAAUGCAAGAAUAUCACUGUGGAAAGUUAAACCAAAGAAAUUGUUUGUGCAGUGGGGAGGUAACCUCGCACUUCACGCUGCUGCGCAAGAAGAUUCCUGGAGGAGGAUGCUUGGUUUUAUGGAAAGUCAUCUCAGAUAGAAAAAUGUUCUGAAUGGGACUUAAAAAGGCUGCUAUUGAGGGUAAUGUGAAGAGAACUGAGAAAGAAAGAAGUUAUUUUAACUACUGAGAAGCAGAAAAUGCUUAUCUCCACAAGGUGGUGCUGUUAGCUGUAUGUCAGAAUGAUUGUUGAGCCAGAGCGCUCUGGCAGCUGGGAGGUUUCUGUAUGUUUCACUUUACUUGGCCGAACUGUUGAUGUAGAGCUGCUUCUCUUCCAGUAGAAUAAUGUCAGUAUCCAGUUUUGGAUGACAAUCAGUGUCACUAUGUCCUUAUAAAUUUAUAUAUAAAUGUAAAUGUAUGCAAAAACAAAGUAUAACACACUCAGUAGUCACUAAUGAAGAUUUUUUUAUCUGCUUUAAUCACUUGUACAUUAUAUUUUUACAUGACAAACGUUUAAACUUAGCAACAAUAUAAUAAAGA